CAGGAGCAGGAGGUGAGGGCGCGCCGAGUGAAGGACCGCCUGCGGAGCCGGCAGCAGAGCCUGCGGCAGCGGCUGGAGCAGCUGCUGAGCCCCGGCGGGGCCGAGCGAAGCCGCGCCGACAGCCUGGACUCGUCACAGCUCUCGGAGCAGUCGGGCUCUGACGGAGAGGAAGCCGAGAUCGACGUGGAGGGUGCGGGGCUCGGUGCGGAGCCGCUGGUUGGCUUCUGCACCGGGAAAGACCACAGCUACUCCAGCCCCCGCAACCCCUGGUCCUGACAGCGCUGUCCUCCAGGACACCCGCCACAUCAACCCGGGGCUGUGGGGGGCAUCGGGUGCCUGGUGCAUCCCUACCCCCCAGGUGGCUGAGUGGAGCUGGGUGCAGCGCUGGGCGCGUGGCUCCCAACCCCACUGCACAGCAAAGCACUGGGGGGAGUGGAAGAAGCACUGGCAAACAGCCUGGCCCCAGUGGGGAUGUGCCAAGAUUGUGUACAGUGGGCACAGGACUGUACCCCCCCCU